AUGUUCCGGAUGGAAAACUUCUUUGGGCGCUUCACCCUCUCUUUCGCUCAGCGCUUCAUGCAUACUUCCACAGCGCAACUCAGUGUAGACGUGGCAAACCCCGAUGUCCUCGUCAAAACAAAGUAUGCUUACGUGGCUUUAUGUACCCUAUGGGCUUAUGACUACGUCACUACAUUGGAUGAAGAGCUGUCAUUUGUUACGGGAUCGACCUGGAGAAUCGUCAAAUAUCUCUAUCUCGUGUGUCGAUAUGUACCUUUCCUUUAUCUAACUGUAGUCUCAAGCCGGUCACUGGAUAAAUAUCCAUCGCUCAGCAUGUGUCAAACGUUGUAUUCCAUGAAUUCGUAUCUCGGUAUCGCGAUAAUUGUCUCAGCAGAGAGCGUAUUUUUUGUACGCACAUAUGCCAUUUGGGAGCGUUCAAAACGGGUAUUGUGGGCAUUCAUUGUCAGUGUUAUUUUUCUCCUGACGCCCAUAGUUGGCAUUCUUGUGAAAUACAAUUCCUCGACAAUCAUCACCAAUUGGGUCGCCACCGGGGUACCGGGUUGUUCCAAGACGGAUGAAACCUCUGCUGUACUUUAUGUGUAUGUCCUUAUGAUCAUUGCUGAGUUAGAAAUAUUGUGUUUGACGUUGUAUCAAGCCAUUGCUAGAUACCGACGUGAACGGAGUGCCAACGUGCUGAGGGUCCUUGUGCAGCAUAAUAUAUUCUACUUUUUGUGCGGAGUUGGAUCUUCCGGCGUGCUCAUAGUUGCGAUUGCAAUAUUUCCUCCAUCAUACUCUGAUUUGGUGUCCAGCAUACAAAUUACCGUCCAUGCCGCGCUGGUUACAAGAAUGCACCGAGCACUAUGGAAAUACAAUGCAGACUAUGCCCAUCCAGAUGAAUUUUCCCUGACCACAUUCAGUGCUGCUCCACCAUUACGGUCCAGGACUGUGCAAAGCGUGCAAUUAAGUAUCUGGACGAACCUUUUGGGAAAUAAAGAUCGGGAUUACACUCCUCUGGACAGCAACCAUUCCGGUGACAACACCCUCUUAUGCGAAUGGACAUACGAUGUUUGA